AUGCUUAGCCCUGCUCCCAGUAAGAGCCGAAGCAACAACCACCGGCUCCCCCACACGCACACUUUGGGCACAGGCCAGCUCAGGGGGAAGCGAGAACAAGACCAAAAGGGAGAUAACCAUAUUCCCAGAAAUCCCGUCUCCAGCAACUGCGACUCCCAUCCAAAAGAAUACCAAACCUGGCCCACGCUGACUAAACUCAAGUAUAGCAGCCACAGCAACCCCAAACACAAGGCGCUAGCUCCUCCCAACACAAAGAUACCAGCUGAUACUGAUAAACCUGAGGCAGCACAGGCACACAGGCAAAGCACAGAAUGCACACAACGAACUGUUAAGCCUAAAUUCUGA